AUGAGAGGCCAGCAUGGUACAAACCAGCCCUGGGGAUGUAUCCGGGAGACAAUGAUCUUCUAUGAGACUGGAAAGGACUGGGUCUUGGACCCAGAAGUGGGACACACUUAUUCUGAAUAUAUUGUAACAGAAAAGAAUGAUGGGCACUCUCAAUUACAUUUAUCAGGAUUUCUUCCAAUAGGAAUCGUAAUGGAUUCCAUGAAGGAAAUCAUCGUUCAGCUGGACCAGAGUAAUAAAAGCUAUGUGACUAGGUUCAUACUUUCUGGAAUCACUUCAAACCCAAAACUUCAGUUACCCCUAUUUCUGUUGUGUUUGUUAGUGUAUAUUAUCACUAUGAUGGGUAAUAUCACUAUUAUUACGUUAAUUAGAAUUACACCUCAUCUGCACACACCAAUGUAUUUUUUUCUUAUUAAUUUAUCCCUUGUAGAUAUAUUCUAUUCAUCAACAGUUACACCCAACAGUUUGGCUAACAUUAUCUCUGUUGAUAAAACAAUCUCGAUCGUUGGUUGCGCAGUACAGAUGUUUUUCUUUAUUGACUUGGUCACGUCUGAAGGAAUGUUACUCGCGGUCAUGGCUUAUGACAGAUAUGUAGCAAUAUGCCAUCCAUUGAAUUAUCCAAUACUUAUUAACAAUAAAAGAUGUAUUCAGUUUGUUUGCACAGCAUACAGUGCAGGAUUUAUAAAUUCACUGAUACAUACUUACUGCGCAUUUAGAGUACCAGUAUUUUGUUCAAGUCAUGUCAAUCAUUUCUACUGCGAUAUCAUGCCCAUCUUAACAUUAUCUUGUCAGGACAUAUUUUUAAAUGAAAUGUUUUUGUUUACUUUUGCUGGUUCUAUUGAAGUUGGAUCUCUGUUAUGUAUUCUGAUAUCUUACAUUUGUAUUUUAUUCGCCUUGUUUAAGAUCCACUCCACUACUGGUAGACAUAAGACGUUUUCCACAUGUGCCUCUCAUCUCACUUGCGUUGCUUUAUUCUACGGUCCUGGUUUUUUUGUAUACUUGCAAACACCAACUUCUUUUUCUGUGAAUGGGGAUUGGGUAGUGUCUGUGUUCUAUGCAGUGGUUGUUCCAAUGCUAAACCCUAUCAUAUACAGCUUGAGGAAUAAAGAUGUAAAAGGGGCACUAAAGAAAGCCAUGGUGCUUGUGACACUUUAA